AUGUACUCGAACUAAAUAAAAAAAUAAAACUUUUUAGAGCUGUUUGCUUGGUUUAACCACACAGCAGGAUACAAACACCUGAAGCAAAGUGUGUGGACUAGUCUGUCAGAGAAGUUCAAUAUUUAAUUAUACGCUCCUACGCCUUAUUGCUUAGAUUUGAAGGGAAAUAUUGUUUAUUACCAAUACCAAUGCAUUAUGUGCAAAUAUAAAUUUACAGUGGUUUAAGUGGAUUUCUCAUAUAAGAGUCAGGAUGUCCAACCUGUUUCAGUCUUCCAAAAUUAAUAACACAUUUUUGAAGAUCCUUAGGUUCCCAGAUUUGGUUCACAACGUUUACAUUUUCCUGUAAAAACAGUGGCAGUUAUCUUUUCAAGGGGCGAGUUUGUUUCAACAUAUAACACAAUAAAGCUGAUGGUUGAAUUUAACGGGUGCCUUGUGUGAAGGAGGUUCAUGGAAAUAAAAGAUCUUUAACAAGGAAAAUUAAAAGCGAUAGGACAGAAGAGGGAGAAGAAAAUGGACAGGGGGUGAUAAACAUUACGAUGAUGAUGAUGAUGAUGAUGAUGAUGAUGAUGAUGAUGAUGAUGAUGAUGGAACAAAGUUGCGUCAUCUCUUUACAGUCAUCUCUCGCUUGAAAAAAAAGAUAGGGUGUAGAAGGAAGAAGAUAAAAUCAAGGCCUGUUCGGGAGUUUAAUCACUCCUCGCCUCGCCCCGAUCGCAACCCUGCUUCCGCUCCUCCCUGAUGGAAGGCACUGGGGGGCCCCCGCUCUGCUUCCCCAGCCUGAAUUCCUCCUGCAGGCGGCUGAUGAGGCCCCACGCUGAGACUGCUCUGCUCUACACCCUGCUGGCCUCCGUCUCUCUGCUCACGGUGACACUCAACCUGCUCGUCAUCAUCUCCAUCUCCCACUUCUGGCAGCUCCACACGCCCACCAACACCCUGCUCCUGUCUCUGGCCGUGUCCGACCUGGUGGUGGGGCUGCUGGCGAUGCCCGUCGAAGGCCUGCGGUACAUGGAGACGUGUUGGUUGUUAGGCAGGCUGAUGUGUGCUCUGACUCCUUAUCUGUCCUACUGUCUGCUCUCUGCUUCUUUGGGCAACAUGGUGCUCAUAUCCAUAGACCGCUAUCUGGCUAUAUGUGACCCCUUGCUCUACUCCUCUAAGAUCACUCUGAAUAGGGUUAAAAUGUCAAUCUGUUUAUGCUGGGCCUGUUCUCUUCUCUACAACGGGCUGAUUUUAAUGGAACACAUGGCGUGGCCGGACAGGUUCAGCUCCUGCCACGGGGAAUGUGUGGUGGUCAUUAGCCACAUCUCAGGCACACUAGAUCUCAUCUUCUCUUUUGUGGGGCCGUGCACCGUCAUGGUUGUUCUGUACAUGAGGGUGUUUGUGGUUGCCGUCUCUCAAGUGCGCGUCAUCCGGCUGCAGACGGUGGCCACCACUGUCACUGCUAAGAAGUCGGAGAGGAAGGCAGCCAAGACUCUGGGGAUUGUGAUAGCUGUGUUUCUAAUGUGCUUCUGCCCAUAUUACUAUCCCUCUCUUGCAGGCGUGGACACUUCCACCAGCUUGUCCUAUUACGCCGUGUUGUCCUGGAUCAUGCUGAUGAACUCGUGUGUAAACCCUCUGAUUUACUCUCUGUUCUACCCCUGGUUUAGGAAAGCCAUCAAACUCAUUGUCACCCUCAGAAUAUUACAGGCUCACUCCCGGGAAGUCAAGAUCCUGUAAACGGUCCUUAAAUGACCUGUGAAUGGAAACACUCACCUCUGGCCAGAUUGAAGACCUUCGACUGAAAACUGAAAGCAUUGCGUUUGUGUCCAGCAGCGAAAUAAGUGUCUCUAAAUCAUUUUGAUAUACAUAAUACAGCAAGUGUGUUUACUGCGUUUACCUUUGAUAUUCGAACUGCCUUCAAACUUCAUGGCAGAAUAACAGUAAUAUUACUUAUUAUGAUGGGCAUUGGAUAUAAUUAGUUAUAUUAUACAUAUCAUUAUAAUGAUGCUGUUACAUCAUAUAUGUAGUAUCAGUAAGUUCAUUGUUUUCCUUACUCCACACCAAUUACCUAUCACCACCUCCUGUAUAUUCACACACAUCUCAAAUCACACUCUGAUCACACUACAUGAAUCAUAGUAAUUGGCUAAUGUUGUUUGUAGGUCUGUCCAUGAUGUUUCUUGUUAUUGUUUUUUCUCCCUUCUGUCAUGCCAUUUCACUUAAACCAAGGUAGGCCAAAAAAUAUCGCCACGAAAACACUUAACACAAAUAAAUGUUCUCACCUGAAUCUGUGGUGUUUUACUGAUGUGAUCAUUUAAAUAUUCUGAA